CUUGUUUUUACUGUGAUUGGUGGAAAUAUGUUAUAAAUCUCAAAAACUUUGUAAAUAUGUACAGCAAGCAGUGUGAUUUAUGGAAAGAUUACUCAGAUUCAUGAGAUCUCUUUGUGUUUGUCUCAUUUCUACUAAUAACAACCUGAAUGAUUUUUUUGAACAAAUGCCAGAAGGUUAAGGUUCUCCGAUCUGUCUAAUCUGGAAGUUGAUGUUUAUGAUCUGUUUGGGCUAGAUGAGAGAAUCUGGGGUUCGCAACUGUGUUGCUUAAACCACAGAAUAUUGUAUCUAUUCAUGAGUAGCCUACUCAAGUUUCCCCUCUUCAUUCAUGGUAGUAGCCCAGGAAAAACCAAGUAUUUUGCUAGGAGAUGGCAUUGGAGCUUGGGAAGAGGAAGAGUCACAGUGGUGAGCCCGCAGAUGCUAGGAGGCCAGCUUGGGAGGGAAGGGAGAACAUGUCCCUGAUCCUGACAGGAUCCCGCCUUUUUUUGCUGUGGGUUUAGGUCAGAUGAGAAAUGAAUCCUUGACGGUGUACAGCAAGUGAGAAGAGGCGAUUAUCUCUUCAUCUCUUCCCCUGUCUGAGAAGAGGUAGCAGGGCUGUGUGGAGAGAGCAAGGGCCUCUGCUGGGCUCUGGCUAAGGCAAUGAGGUGAUCCCUUUAGGGGAAAAAAAUAAAACUGAUUUCAGUAGGAAGGAUGCAUCUUCUGAUUUGAAUGAAAAUAGGAAAUUUUGUUAAUAAUUUUCUUGGUUUCUGAAUACAGCUAGGGGAAAUGUCGAAUACUCAUAUUUGAUUGCUUUCUCCAAUUUGGUAAAAAGAGCAAGAAAACAAGGUGGGUGGUGUUGGGGAGGACCCCUCCUCCCACCCUAUCCCCUUUUAUAGUGGGUAUUAGGGCUGCGGUAAACACCUGUUAAACUCCUGGUUCCCUGGGCAUUUGCUGACUGGUCAGAUCAUUUCACCUUUUCCCUGUGUCUCCUCGGGCAUCCAUCUCAGAACGUAGUGCUUCGUGGAGUUCAGAGAGGCAGUGCUUCCUUCUUCAGCCUUUCUGGACGCUCUCAGGACCCACUGUAGGAGGAACGCUGGCUGAACAAGUUGAAAUCAUCGCAGAAGGAUAAAGUUCGUCAGUUUAUGAUCUUCACACAAUCUAGUGAAAAAACAGCAGUAAGUUGUCUAUCUCAAAAUGACUGGAAGUUAGAUGUCGCAACAGAUAAUUUUUUCCAAAAUCCUGAACUUUAUAUACGAGAGAGUGUAAAAGGAUCGUUGGACAGGAAGAAGUUAGAACAACUGUACAAUAGAUACAAAGAUCCUCAAGAUGAGAAUAAAAUUGGAAUAGAUGGUAUACAGCAAUUCUGUGAUGACCUGGCACUCGAUCCAGCCAGCAUUAGUGUGUUGAUUAUUGCAUGGAAGUUCAGAGCCGCCACGCAGUGUGAGUUCUCCAAACAGGAGUUCAUGGAUGGCAUGACAGAAUUAGGAUGUGACAGCAUAGAAAAGCUAAAGGCCCAGAUACCCAAGAUGGAACAAGAACUGAAGGAACCAGCACGAUUUAAGGAUUUUUACCAGUUUACUUUUAAUUUUGCAAAGAAUCCAGGACAAAAAGGAUUAGAUCUAGAAAUGGCCAUUGCCUACUGGAACUUAGUGCUUAAUGGAAGAUUUAAAUUCUUAGACUUAUGGAAUAAAUUUUUGUUGGAACAUCAUAAACGAUCAAUACCAAAAGACACCUGGAACCUUCUUUUAGACUUCAGUACAAUGAUUGCAGAUGACAUGUCUAAUUACGAUGAAGAAGGAGCAUGGCCUGUUCUUAUUGAUGACUUUGUGGAAUUUGCACGCCCUCAAAUUGCUGGGACAAAAAGUACAACAGUGUAGCACUAAAGGAACCUUCUAGAAUGUACAUAGUGUGUACAAUAAAUACAACAGAAAAUUGCACAGUCAAUUUCUGCUGGCUGGACUGAACUGAAGAUCAAUCCUCACAAUUCAGAUGGAGGGUUGAGACAAAACUUUAAGGAUACAUCUUGGACCAUACCGUAUUUCAUUCUUCUAAUGGUGGCUUGGGCUUGUCUUCUAGUCUGGCCGCUCUAAACAUUUAUAAUUCCAACCUUGUGGAUUUCAUCUUCUAUCUGUGGACCAUCCUAGUUUAUUCUCCCAUAAGUCUUAGAAGCUUUAUGGUGAUUAUUUUGAGGUUUUCAUUCUCGCAUAAAGCACAAUGCUGUCUUCAUCAGAAAACAGUUGGCAUAAGAAUUAAACAUAUGAACAUCACAAAACAAUUUAUAAAAACUUCUUAAAUAUACGCUUUGGGCUAGUUGCAAAGACUAUGCUAAUAGCACUUCCAAUGAGAGUGAUAUAUUUAAGUGUACUGGAUCUGGAAUGGUGUUUUGGUUUGGGGGGAAUUUUUUUUUUCCUGGCAAAUCACAUGUGUUGUUGAUGUGACUAGAGUAUCUGAUGAAAAACAAUGUCAGAAUAACCAACAUGAAAAUUUUUAGGAUAACUUGGUGCCUACCUGAAAAAUGUAUUGUGUUUCAGACUCUUGAUUUCAAAAGGUUCCACAGAAGUAGUCUGUGCUUACCUUACCCACGUUUAUAUUUCGUUGCCCUACAGGGAGCUUUUAUUUAGCAAAUGUCUGCAUAAUGUUAGAUUCUACUUCUGUCUACGUUAUGCACUACAUAAUUGGACUUCAUUAUGCUUUUGAAAUGCUUAUCUGCCUGUCACAUAAGUUAAACUAUUUAAUUUGUUUUGAAUGUUUUGGAUUGCUACACAAUACAAUAUUCUAAAUUUAGGCAUGAGGGUUUAUUUUUUGUUUUGGUUCUACUUUUUUUUUUUUUGUCAUCGCACUAUGGAACACAAAUGAAAUUCUCUUUAAUUUAUAAGAUUGUAGAAGUAACAUUUUGAAAAUGGUUGGAUGAGCCAUGAAGUUCAAUCUUUAUGAUACAGGUACUGCUCUUUCAGACAAAUAGUCCAUUUUCGAUGACUUCUUAUUUUGUUGAAAUUGCUUUAACUGCUAAUCACUGUGGUUGCCAAAUAUUUACUUUAGGAGCAAAGAUUUUCAAACAAGCAUACAUGAUGCAAAAUACCGAUCUGGCUUCUAGUCUCUACUGUUUUUGUUUCACUCAGAUUAGCUCAGUUUUCUCAUCAAAGCAAAUGCUGUCUUGUAUGUAUUUUUUUCAUUUCAAGACCCAUGAGCUGCUUUUAUGCUGAAAAUGGUCAUUUCUCUGUUCACUUACUGACACGUGAAGAAGGGUUUUUUUUUCUUGAACAUUUCCGUAACGCAGGCUAGAAAUAUAAUACUUCAAAUGGUAGGUGAUUAUGGUCUUUUGAUAGGAAUAGAUUGUGCUUGGUAUAUCCAGGUACUCUCUCUAAGGUCUAGGGUUGAUAUUAACCAAGGAAUGUACUUCAGAAUAACAGUACAUUUUAUGCAAACAUGGAAAUUAUUUUAGGAAACAAUGACAUAUUAAAACUGCUUUUUAUCUACAUGAUUUUGAAGUAGACUAGAAAGCUUUCCCUAUGGACAUACUAAUAUUCCAAUCAUAACUUUAAUUCAUGAAUGCAGUUUUACCAAAAGAAACAUUUGAAAAUUUCUAUUCAGGCUACUGGAAUUGGUUAUUAAGACAAAAAGGAAGAAGAGUAAUCCUGCUGCUUUCAGUGUUUCCCGAUUUCAUUUUUGUAAAUAUAAAGAGGAACUUCAAUUAUGAGAAAUGUUUAAAAGAUAUAUAUAUAUAUAUAUAUAUCUCUAUAUAUAUAUAUAUAUAUAUAUCUAUAUAUGUACUGUUUCCUGUCUUGAAGAUUUUGAGUUAUGGUUAUUGUUUUCAGAUUGAUUAAUUCUCAUAUGCUGUGUUUUGAAAUGAGAUCCCAUUAGCUUUUUUUCCCCAAUAUAAAGUGUUUUCUUUAAAAGUCUGAUAUUGGUUCGUGGCCUAGUGCCUUGGAUUUUACAUAUUUUUCUUUUUAAAUGCAAAACCUUUUCAACAAAAUAGUGUUUGUCAUCAGGUUGGUACUAAACAUUUAUAAUUACUGUGUAAUUAUAAACAAAAAUACAUAAAGCUUUGAAUAUAAUUAUGUAGCAUAAAGUUAAGGUUGUUCACUAUGAUGGCAUCUUAGAAUUAAACAACUUUUAUUAGGGCUGAAAAGAGAAGACUGAUUUAAUGUGGUAUGAUUAUUCUGAAGAUAAAUGUCUGGUUACAGGGAAUAUUUUGUACUAAAAGAUGAUUACACAUAUGGCUGUGUGUGUUUGAGUCUGUGUCUGCGAGAGAGCCAGAGAGAGAGAGAGAUUGACAGAAAGGGAGAGACACACCCCCCACCCUUGAAUUGCUUUAAUUCCUGUGUUUCAGUCCUCAUUUCGGUCAGCUCCCCAUGCUGAUUCUUUGUUUUCAACUGAACCAUAGGUACAGUUUCCUUUUUGCCAAAUGUCAAAACAGGUACACAUUUUAAAAUGUAAUGCUUUUUAAAUAGUAAAAUGUAUAAAAUUAGAAGUGCCCACAUAUUAAAAAUACUUGAGAUGAAGAUUAUCUUUAGUGAAUAUCAUCUGCAUAUCUCUGUAAGUUCAAUUGUGUUUCUCACAGUCCCUGUCAUAUUACCAACAGAGGCAAUAAAAGCUUCAGUGAAAUUGCCAUGACUAAAUCUUUUCACAUAUUUCAGUGUAUUUUUUUAUAGAUUUAAAAUAUACCUGCAAACUUUUCCAGGAGGAAUAACUAUUCAUGGAAAAAGCAUUGUAAUGGCAUGUUUUAAGGAGAAAAGACAUGCCAGGUCUUGUUUACUACAUUUAAAAUGUUUACAACUCUGUCGGGCUGCUUUAUGAACAAUACCGUACUUGCAUAAUAUGGCAUUGUAAGUACAUAUCCUUCCUUAGACUUUUAAAAAGUUUUAAUGAGAGAAAGUAAAUUUACUCAACAAAAUAACAUGAGAAACUUCUACAUAGUAUCUUUACUGGGGAAGUCUUAUUUAAGCAAGGUACACUAUUUUUUCCUCAGAAAGACUUAAGUGUUCACUUAUUUUUUAUUUGAUGAUAAGAUAGUAGUAGCUAACUUAAUGUACACUUUGCUUAGGUUUUGAAACAUGUUACUAUUAAGACUGCAUAUUGUAAAACUUCUGUAAUGUUCACAUAUCAAUGACAGGAGAAAGUUAAACUUAAUUGAAGGAGCUUUGGAAUAAAAAGAAAGUGAUGCUGGGGAAAUUUACCAUGGUUCACAAAGUAUGCCUUUGUAAAACUGAAUCAACUUUUAGCAGGAAUUAAGUUAUGCAGUUCUAAAUGUUAAAUUGUGUAUAUUUAAUAGAAAAUACUUAUCUGGCACCUCAGCAGUUUUCUUUAAAUGUUACCUUACACUUUUAACAGUAUGAUUUAUAUUGAAUACUUAGAUGUUUUCAUAAGAUUUUAUCAAAUUUGAUAAUGUAAUGAUAAAAUGUUUUUAAAAUGUGAACUAUUUAACAUAUAAAUGAGGACACAAAACCUGAAUUGUGAUUUCUACAUAAUGUGAUAAUUAGGGUUCAAAUUAUGAGUCAUGAUUUAAUUCAUUAUAAAUGAGUGUAUUUCUGAA